AUGCUAGCGCCCUAUGAGGCUCGUCGUCGACGUACGGAGUGGCCCGAUAGCGUGCGCCAGGACUCGGAAAUUAAGGAGCUAGACGAGGAAAACGGCGAGUGGAUUAUUUGCCGUACUUGCGCCGAGCAUUAUGAGCGAACUCAGAGAGGCCGCAAACCCAACGACCCAAAAGGUUUCAAGGUCAAGAUGAACGGGAAAUUCCAGGAGGCUGCCUGGGUGAUGCACAAGAGUCGCGUCGUGGCUCACAAUGGCACCUCAGACAUGACGACGCCGGAGGAGGAAGAGAGACGACGCGAGAUUGAGAUGGAGAUUGAGGCUCAACGGAUUCUGCCCAAGCGACGGAGGGUUGUCAGUAUGUUGGUUCAUCUCCCGACGACUGGAUGGCGCUGUCCGGGUAUCGUGCCGGAUGCGUUUUAUCGUGAAAAUGUGGAGCUAGUUCAUGCCUUUGCAAAGUACUAUGUGGGGACGUAUCGAGUCAAUGUGGUGAGGGAUCUUCGAUCAGACAAAGUUAUGCUGUUUUCUCAUGACUGCGAAAACCGAAUUGUGCAUCGAGAACGACCAGGUCAACCAGAUUCCUGUGAAAGGUGCUACUCUGUGUGGCUGCAUAACAAGAGUUUCAAGAGGAUUUUGAAGAAGAUGGAUCGUUAUACACUUAUUGAAGAAAUCCUACGCCACUCGUGGAGGAUGUCAGCCGAGGAGCUAUCCGUUCUGUCCAGGUUUAAGCACUCGAGUGACAUGAAUCUUAAUCUUGAAGGCAGGAAGUUGAAGCAAGCAGCCAUGGCAGCCGUUCAACAUUUCGGCGGGUCUGCUACAUGUACUCGCAAAGUCUCUGGCAGGACCAAAUCAAUCGCAGCUAGAAACGAACGCUUCGACCGAGUCCAGCAGCCACUUUCGAUGGAAGUGAUGUUGCAACUCCAAUCACUUGACUCAUCGAUGCACGACGGAGGUACCGCUGCAAUGGAGUCUGAGACCAUGCGGCAUCCGGAAGGAACUGUGCAGCGACCCACUUCACCCAAGGGCUAUCUCAUCCAACAGAAUGCUGCAGCUACAGAAGCCAUCGACCAGUUUUCACCAUCACGAGACGAAUAA